AUGUCUGAAAUUAUAACCACCAUCUCCCCCACCACAGGUGAGCCCAUCCUCACUCGCAACGGUAUCUCACAGCAGGAGCUUGAACAGCUCCCGGAGAUUGCGAAGAAGGCAUUCGAAUCCUGGCGCACCACCAAGCUGGCUGAUCGCCAAGCGAUCAUCAGGAAAGCCCUUGCAAUUCUGGAUGAAAGAAAAGAUGAGCUGGCAACAGAGCUUACAGUCCAGAUGGGUCGGCCGAUCGCCUACACGCCCAAGGAGAUCGGAACCGCCAUCAAGAGGGCAGAGUAUAUGAUGAGCAUUAGUGAUGAAGCUCUCCAGGACACCCCUGGUCAAGCAGAGUCCGGAUUCAAGAGGUUCAUCCGGAAGGUUCCUGUUGGGCCUGUCCUCAUCAUCUUUGCCUGGAACUAUCCUUAUCUGAUUCUCGUCAACGCCCUGAUUCCGGCCCUUCUGUGCGGCAAUUCUGUUAUUCUCAAACCGUCUCCUCAGACCCCUACUGUUGUGGAGCAAAUCGCAAAGGCCUUCAACGAGGCCGGCCUACCACAUGGCGUCAUUCAGUACUUCCAUUCCGGUUCACCUGCCAUUAUUGAGUCCAUCGUGCGAGACCCGAGGAUUGCCCUUGUCUGUUUCACCGGUUCUGUGGCCGGUGGCUUGGCCGUUCAGGGCGCCGCAUCAACCCGCAUCGUCAACGUGGGUCUUGAACUUGGAGGCAAAGACCCGGCGUAUGUCCGUGGAGACGUCGACAUUACAUGGGCUGCCGAGGAGAUCGUCGACGGCGCAGUUUUCAACUCAGGCCAGAGUUGCUGUGCAAUCGAGAGAGUCUACGUUGACGAGAAGAUCCACGACGAGUUCAUUGCUGCAAUCCAGAAGGUCCUGAAAGGAUAUCGGGUUGGCGAUCCUCUUGAUAAAAAGACACACGUCGGACCUGUCAUUUCGAAACGGGCUAAGGAGACCAUCGAGGCUCAUAUCAAAGAUGCCCUCGAGAAGGGCGCCAUCAAUGCCACUCCAGAGAAUGAGACCUUUGACGACCUGCCACAGAAGGGGAAUUUCGUUCCUCCGACCCUUCUCAUCAAUGUUGACCACAGCAUGAGGGUGAUGAAGGAUGAAACCUUUGGGCCAGUUAUUCCGGUCAUGAAGGUCAAGAACGAUGAAGAAGCUAUCAAGUUGAUGAAUGACAGCGAGUAUGGUCUGACGGCAAGCAUAUGGACAAAGGAUACCCAAAAGGCGUACGAACUUUGUGAGCUCGUAGAGGCCGGUACCGUCUUUGUCAAUCGUUGUGAUUACCCGAGUCCUGAUCUUGCCUGGACAGGGUGGAAGAACUCUGGAAAGGGUGUGACCUUGAGCAGAUUCGGGUUCGACCAAUUUGUCAAACUCAAGAGUUACCAUCUUAAGGACUAUCCAAAAUAA